AUGAAGAAUCUUACGGCCGCCAUCAAGGAGGACCAUGACGAAAUGUAUGAAUACCACGCCCUCUAUCAGAAGGCCAGGGAGAGCGGGAACGUCGACGCACAGGAGCGAUGGGCGCGUCAACUGAUCUGGGAAAUCGCUCGACACGCGGUGGGCGAGGAGAUCAUCGUCUAUCCGCUCAUGGAGGCCAAACUCGGCCAGAAGGGCAUCGAGCUCGCGGACCAUGACAGGAGAGAGCACCAGGUCGUGAAGAUCUUGCUCAGCAAGCUUGAGGGCUUGACCCCAGUCAUGGAGCACCUGAAGCCUCACAACGAUGACGAGGAGAAAACCGAUUUGCCGAUGCUCGAACCCGUGCUCGGCGAGGCCGCAAGUCAAGACGCAGCAUCCCAAUUCAGCCGCACGAAGAAGUUUGUGCCCACGCGCGCCCAUCCAUCGGCACCAAACAGGCCACCGUACGAGAUACUCGUCGGAUUUCUCGCCAUGCCGUUGGACAAGCUGCAGGAUUUGUUUGCCAAGUUCCCGACGGAGGAAAUGAAGUCGAAUGCGAAGGAGGAGCUUGGAGGAUAG